AUGCGGCGGGAUACAAACAGCGGGAUGUUCAAAAUUGAGGCAAUCGAGGCUUUGCGGUUUCCAGGGUUGAGUUCUGGGAUUUGGAUGACAGGGAAGAAAGGCAGAGUAGGGCAUUCCUACAAUUCAAUACUGGUUUUGUUUAACCGCGAUAUAGGACGACGACGACGACAACAACAACAACAACAACAACAACAACAACAACAACAACAACAACAACAACAACAACAACAACAACAACAACAACAACAACAACAACAACAACAACAACAACAACAACAACAAUUACAGCUCCGCGCGCGAGAAGGCACAGGACAUCCAAGCUUCUCAAUAGUUCUCUAG